ACGAAACGUACCGCGGUGCAGCGAUGUUAUUAUUCCUACCUCUCCUUCGUGUGGCUAGCAGCUGUAGCUAGCUAGCUUUAUUGUUCAUUUUCCUCAGCACGCAAGGUUCAUAAAACAUGGAUUCGUUGGCUCAUAUGUUAACGGACCCCUUGGACUCAGGAAUGGACACUGAUGGCUGUGUAAUGGAGGAGUGCAUGUUGGGGAACUGCAGAGUUCGUAUUCCAGAAGAUUUUCUGGAGGAUCCAGAGAUUUUCUUUUCUGUGAUAAGUGAAAGUACAUGGUCUGAGGUUCUGACAGAUGCCCAGAGACAACACCUUCGUCAGCUCCUACCUCACUUUCCAGAGAACAACAUUUCAGAGCAAGACAGGGUCAUCAGCGACCUCUUCAACAACCAGAACUUCUGCUUUGGCAACCCUCUGCAUCUUGCCCAAAAACUUUUCAGAGAUGGCUACUUUAACCCAGAGGUGGUUAAGUAUAGGCAACUUUGUGCAAAGUCCCAGAGAAAAAGACACAUCUACUCCCUCCAGCAGUACUACCACAAAUUGCUCAAGCAAAUUCUUGUCUCCAGAAAGGAGUUACUGGAUCUGGCUGUUCGCAGUGGUCCUGAGCUGUCUGUGAAACGGCGCUAUACUGUCCCCUCCCACAAGGAGGUGCAAGAGCAGCGUGUCAGGCACAGAGUGGGUCGAAUACUGCGGGAAGUGAAAACCGAGUGUGGGGAUAGCAACUUGUCCUCUGAUGACGAUGACACAACGUCUUGGUUGCCAGUGCCUCCGUCCCCCUCUUCCCCAACGCCAACAAUCUCUCUUAGGGUUCUGCCGAGCCUCUCUACCCACGACAUGAAAACCAGAGAUAAGACAGAACUGGGAGAGAAAGACUUGAAAGCCAUGCUGAGAAGACACAGAGAGAAGAGGAAACAACAUCCAGAUCAUCCCGAUUUGAUGACGUCUGACCUCCAACUUGGUGAUAUUAUGUCGCGUGUAAAUAUAGGCAGAAAAGGAUCAGUUAUGGCUUUAUCUGACCUGGCUUUGCCUAAAAAGAAGAUGAGAGAAGAGAAGAGGAAGCGGAAAAUGAGGCCUAUUAAAUCAGAGUCCGAGGAUGGCUGUGAUGGUCAGACCCCUGCAGCCUCCAUGGCUACCACCCUGUCUGACAGUGCAGCUGCUAGCCUACAGAGUGUUAAGGAAGAACCCAUGGAAGAGAUCCAGAACAGCCCUGACAUAGUGGAGGAAAUCGCCAUUAGCUUCUUUAAUCUGCUGGAAAACAUCUUUAGACAGGAGUGCCUGGCAUCAUCUUCCCUGAUAGAGGAGAAGGUGCAGCAGUGGCAGGCCUCUCCUGCCAGUGCCCUCAAUCCCUGGUUUUCUAUGGCCCCCUGUUGGUCAGAGCUGGUAGUGCCUGCUUUGCAGUUCUUAGCUGGAGAAAAUAAAUCUGGCUCCAUGGCUCAGCCGAGUGGCUUCACUCCGUAUGUUGAAUUCAGAGAACAUACCCAGCAGUGGAAAUGGAUUGGUCCCUGUCAGGAUGCAGAGAAGGAUCUUAGUGCACUUUGCCUUCUUUGGCUGGAGUCGAAGGACCAUGUGGUAGUCAAACAGGAAGGAGAAGAAGCAGCUGAGUUGACUCCUCCAGCUCCUAGAGUGUGGACUGAUUAUGUGGUGAGGCCCAGCACAGAAGAGGAGCGGCAUGUCUUUCAAGAGCAGGAGCAGCAGCGCUAUGACCAGCCUCACAAAGCCUUCACCUUCCGCAUGCAUGGCUUUGAGUCUGUGGUGGGGCCUGUCAAAGGAGUGUUUGAUAAGGAGACGUCCCUCAACAAAGCCCGCGAGCACUCUCUACUGCGCUCUGACCGACCAGCUUAUGUCACCAUCCUCUCCCUGGUGCGGGAUGCAGCUGCCAGGCUGCCUAAUGGAGAGGGAACCCGAGCUGAAAUCUGCGAGCUGCUGAAGGAUUCCCAGUUCCUGGCCCCUGACGUCACCAGUGCACAGGUGAACACAGUUGUGAGCGGGGCUCUGGACCGCCUCCACUAUGAGAAAGACCCGUGUGUGAAGUAUGACAUUGGCCGCAAGCUGUGGAUUUACCUACACAGGGACCGGAGUCAAGAGGAGUUUGAGAGGAUUCACCAGGCUCAGGCAGCUGCUGCCAAGGCACGGAAAGCCCUGCAGCAGAAGCCUAAACCUACCCCCAAACCUAAGUCUGACAACAAGGAAACAAGUGGUAAGAGUGGUGCUACAGAGGGCCAGUGUUCUGUACCUGAGGGCCCUUCUACACCUGUUGUCAGCUUACCCCAGCCUCCUAGUACCCCAACACCAAGCACCCCGGGAACACCAAAAUCCCCACUACCACCCACUGUGGCAACACCUACAAAAGCAGGUGUACCAGAUCCUGUCAAGACCAGCCCCAGUGUUCUGCUGGUGUCUCCUCCCUCCAUGCCUCAGCUGGGCACUCUGCUCUCUGCCAGUCAGGUUGCCCCUCAGGCUUCUCAGCAGGCCUCAGUGCCGCCUGCAACUCGAGUAGUGGCUCACUCUGCUACAGCAGGCUCUUUGCCUCAGGUCCGUGUGGUCACUGCUCAGCCUGGCCUUCCUGCUGCCUCUGCAGGCCAGGCAGCCACACUGGUGCACCAGACGCCCCACCAUAUCAGAGUGCCCGUCACUGUGGCCCACACCAAGGGCAUUGCACAGGCUGUGGUGACCCUGCCUUUGAGGAGCCAGUCUGCAGGAAGUCCUGUCCAGGUGCAAGCUUCGCGAGCUCAGACAAGCCUAUCUGUCCCAGGCCUGGCCUCAGCUGUGGCGGUUACUAAAGCUCAGACCAGCUCUCCCGGAAGCCCUGCUCAAAACACUGCUUCGCCUGCAGUGCUACAGGGGGUCACUAGCCAGAACAUCAUUAAACAGGUUGCCAUUACUGGCCAGCUGGGUGUGAAGGCCCAAAAUGCAACAGGUAUUCCCUUGACUGCCACCAACCUGCGUAUUCAGGGCAAAGAUGUUCUGCGCUUGCCUCCCUCCUCCAUCACCACCGAUGCUAAAGGCCAGACAGUUCUUCGCAUCACUCCAGAAAUGAUGGCCACGCUCAAACUCACCCCAGACAUGCUAGGCAGUGCUACCAGCACUACAGCCAAGGGCAUCUCGGCCACUCUGCAUGUAACCCCACCGCAGGCCUCUCCCCCUGCCACCUCAAAUCCCACCCCACCAGCUGCUGCUGAGGGCCUGGCAGUCAAAGGCUCUUCCUCUCUGGGGCCUCCGGGGGCUGCCACUCUGGUGAAGGUGCACCCCGAGCUGAAGGCCACAUGUGACACAGCUAUCCGCCUCAUGCCCGCACUGGCCGUGACUGUAGCCGACCCCAAAACCCGCACCUUUUCCACAGUCACCUCUUCAGACUCUAAAGCCGGAGGCACUACCAUUCGCAUUGUGCCCAACCUGGGAGUGAUCCCGCAGAAACAGGGCCAGACUGUUCCGGUUAACACCACUACCACGAGCACCAAGCCUGUCACGGCUUCCUCGGGGGCGGCCACAGUCACCAUAGCCACAAGCGGGGUGGCGGGAGCUAAAGGUGUGACACUGGGCCCUGCUGCUGCAGGUUCUCCUCUUUCUCUGGGCACAGCAGCAGCCACAGUCAGGCAGGUGCCUGUCAGCGCUACCUUAGCGGCCACACAACAGGGGAAGCUGCCUGCUAGGAUCACAGUGCCUCUUUCUGUCCUUAGCCAGCCUCUGAAGAGCAAGAGUGUGGUCACUACACCCAUACUGAAAGGCAGCAUCAGUACUAAUAUCAGUAAUCUCGGCAGGAACAUUAUCCUGACAACAAUGCCAGCAGGCACCAGGCUCAUCGCGGGGAACAAGCCUGUCAGCUUCGUCACAGCUCAGCAGCUGCAGCAACUGCAACAGCAGGGCCAAGCCACGCAGGUACGCAUCCAGACCGUCCCAGCCCAACAGCUGCAGCAGCGCUCAGCAGCCAGCUCUCCUAAAUCAACAGUGUCCACUGUGGUGGUGUCCACCACGCCCUCUACCAAAACGGCACCUGACCCACAGUGACGCUGAAGGCCCGUGUGAAGUCAGCCACUGGGGCAUGAGCUGCAGAUCAGGGAAAAACGCUAUGGCUGAAUCACAGUGACAGCACCUUAUCGUGCUGUAGGAAGCCAGUGCUUGCCAGAACUCUGUGAAAGUAUCCACGUGUGAAAUGUUUGGUGUUCAGUGUUGGUUCCCAACUGACAAGGCUGUUUAGGGCAACUUUAUCAAAUCUUCCAAGGCCCUGCUACACAGUAGAACUUAGACUGAGACCUUGUAAGGACUCAAUGUUGUGUAAAAAUGUUGGAAAACCACCAAAAAUGUACUUAAAUGGGAAUUUCACUGAUUUUCAAAAUUUCUACAUAAUUAUGUAAAGAUGUAAACAAAGAUGUUCAGGGUGAUUUGAUGUGAAAUUCUCUAUUGUAGAAAGAGUUAGAAUUGGUCAUAGUGGUUGGAGUUUAAUGCUUCUAAAAGCUCCCUCACAGAAAAUUCUUACAUCUAAGGGCUAUAAAUGUGCUGUAUGUAUGUAUGUAUUGUUUUACAGUAAUUUUGAGGAGGUUUUGGCCUACAACCUAGUUUUUUACAUUCAUGCAUAGCAGAGAGAUAGCGGGUAUUAUAAGGAAAAAUAGUAUCCCAAUAAAACUUAUUUAUAGAUCUACUUUUUUUUUUUUUACCAUUAUCCAUAUUACAUAUGAAAACUUAAGACAUGUAGGUUCACUGGUCAUUUUGGGUAGUAAGUAAAAUGCAUUUGUGUUUCUCCAACACUGCAAAUUCAGGUUUGUAGGUUUCUCUACAACAAACCAUUUCAUAUUCAACCACACUGUAUGACUGUUUACAUCUCAAAGACUGAAUUAUGCAGAAACUUUGAAGAAAAUAUAAUGUUGGACCAUGACUUUCUUUGCUUUUGUUGGUACAUAUGUGACUUUCUAUAGUAAAGAUACCAGAGUGAUAUCAGUGGUCUCCAUCUUGUCUGUUGUGCUGUAUGCAGAGAAGGUUAAAGCAGUUUAUAUGUUUGUGUUCUUUACAUGUUUUUCUCAGAAAGAAAAAGCCUACGUUCUGUGUAGUAUUUGACUGUAUCAUUAUUUCUCACCUUAAAUAAAUAACUGCUGCGAUACCCUUUGGACUAUGUUCAUAAAACAUACAACAGAUAUAAAACAGGGAAAAAAAAUAGAAAGUGGAAAUGUGGAAAGUGUA